UGAGUUUCUCGGUGACUAGGAUUGGGACAACGCUGGACUCUCUGCCUACCCGAGACCUUUGCCAAGAAUCGGGAGUUGAAUUUGGAGGUGAUCCACGCCCUAUGGGCCAUGUUGGGAGUUCUGGGAUGUGUGACCCUCUAGCUACUGGCCAAGAAUGGAAUGAAGUUCGGCAAGGCAGUCUGGUUCAUCGCUGAUCUUCUAUGAGGGAGGUCUGGACUAACUCGACAACUCUGGCCUUGUCCAUGCGCAUAGCAUGAGCACGAGCUUCCAGGUCGUGCUCAUGGGAGCCAUCGAAGGAUACAAAGUGGCAGGAGUACCCCUGGAAGAGGCUAUUAUCACCCGCAAGAUCCAUCGAGAACUUGUCCUACCACUUGGCGAAUUAUCCUUGUUGAGACAAGAUGGGGAAUUUGUAGAGUUGGGUGGUACUAACUCUGUUACAUGAGCGUUGUUGGGAUAUGUUUGUGAGUCACUCCAAUGCAUUCUAGAGAAUCGGUACAUUUCACAUAAUCCACAGCAGACCAUAGAACUGAUACAUUGGACAGUCCAUAGCAGAUCAUCAUGGCAGAUGUUGAGACAAGAUGAAUGUCUGUCUCUAUCCAUCAGUUUACUUUAGGUUAUGUUAGAUAACGUAAAAGUUAGUCAUUCUCCCAUAUAAAUAUGUGACUGUGACACGAUACUAGAUAAUCU